AUGGCACUGCGGACCACCAAAAAACCUGGGGAAGCAGAGCACAGUAAGCUCAAGGCAGAGCAAUGGCGGUCUGCAAUUGAAUUCAACUUACCGGUGACUCUCACAAAACUCUGGGGGACCAAUUGUAUGAAACCUGGUGAUGAAAAUGGAAAACAGAGGCAGAAGUUAGCUCAUAGCACAAUGCUGCUGGUGAUGGCAAUCCAAUGGGGAACAUCGCAUAUGUUUCCCUUUGAGAGGAUCAUCGGAGCCCUGCAGAAGACCAAUAUGAACUACAAGAUUGCUGCAUGCAUCAAGGCAAUGCUUCAAGAACCUGGUGCACCUGAUGUCUUCAACAAAGCAGCUGACAUCCUGCAGCAAUGCUGUGCUCCAUUCACAGAAGAAGCAUUUUGUAUGGACAUCGGCAUCCUGCAGACAGCAACAGAACCUGAUUCCAUGUGUCUCACAUGUUGA